AUGGCUGCAAUGUGUAUUGCAGCCACUUGCUCGACGAGAGAAUCGCAGGUGCAUCCAAUUAAUAUGGAAAGAAAUAAAUUUGGCGAAUUUCAAAAUUUAAUGCUACAAUUAAUUGAGGACGAAGAACGGUUCAAAACAUAUUAUCGGAUGACCAAACGUGAAUUUUAUCAUGUACUCAGUUUAGUGGGAACAAAAAUUGAAAAACAGUGUACACAAUUUGAAAAAAGUAUUCCGGCUGAGAUACGGCUUGCAGUUUACUUGAGGUAUUCCACAAUUGGGGAAAUUGUGAAGGAGUGCUGUGAGGCAAUAUGGGAGAUCCUCCAGCCGAUAUAUAUCCCCGAGUCGAAGGGAGACCAAUGGAGGGAAAUUGCGAACGAUUUUCAUAAAAAAUGGAAAUAUCCUAGUUGUAUCGGAGCCCUAGACGGGAAACACAUUCAAAUUAAAUGUCCUGCGAACACUGGAUCCCUAUUUUAUAAUUAUAACGGGACAUAUUCAAUAGUUUUAUUGGCACUGGUCGAUGCCAACUACAAAUUUAUCCUAGUUCGUGUAGGAGCAUUCGGUAAAAGCAGUGAUGAAGACACGUUUAAAAGAUCAAAUAUGGGGCAAUUGCCAUAUGUGAUUGUGGCGGAUGAGGCCUUUCCGCUAAAGCCAUACCUCAUGAGGCCCUAUAGUAGAACAGCUAUUAUUAGCGAUCAUGAAAAAAUGUACAAUUAUCGGCACUCCAGAGCUCGGCGGAUCGUCGAAAAUGCCUUUGGGAUUUUAGCCGGUCGUUGGAGGGUAUUUUUAACAACAAUCCAAACAAAUCCCGAAACUGUGGAUAAAAUAGUUUUGGCUGCCACUUGUCUUCACAACAUGCUGAGGAACAAUACAAACAGCAUUUCUUCUUCAUUCGAGGAACAUUUUAGAAUAGAUAAUACACAAAUUCAAGGGAUUGCCAACCUUGAACCUAUACGUAGAAAUUGUGUUCGAGAAGCAGUCGCAAUCAGAGACAGCUACAAAAAUUAUUUCAUUUCUAGAGAUGGUUCAGCCAGUUGUCCUUGGCAGUGGGAUUCAAUUCGUAGGGGGAGAGUUUAA